AUGAAUGCGACCAACUCCGACAGCGACGCCGUGGGAAUAGUGUUGGCAGCGGGGCGCGGGUCCAGGAUGCGUUCGCGGAUUCCAAAACCGCUGCACACCCUGGCGGGCCGGGAGCUCAUACGUUAUCCCAUAGAGGCAUUGAAGGCGUGCGGCGUCUCCCGGAUCGUGGUGGUCGCAUCUCCUGACAACAGGGAUGCGAUGGUUCGCGUCCUGGGGGAUGAGGUUGUCUGCGCCGUGCAGGGCUCGCCGGAUGGGACGGCUGACGCUGUAGCCUGCGGCCUGAAAGCUCUCCCCGUUGUCCCGCGGAUGGUUGUUGUCCUGGCGGGUGACACGCCGUUGGUGAGGCCCGAAUCAAUGCUGAAAUUGAUGGAGGACCAUCAAACUGAUCCCCAUCGUCGGAUGACCAUCCUGUCCGCCGCCGACGCUUUCGGCCCCGACCUGGGGCACAUCAGGAGGGCGGGUGGUGGCGCGACAGGCGGAACGGGCAUGGUGUUGGGGAUAGAGGAAGCCGCAGAUCGGGCUGAAAUCUGCUACGGUCCCGCCGAGGUCAACACCGGGGUUUACUGCUUCGACGGGCUUGGCUGGACAACUGCCUCGGCGCAGUUCCGACCUCUGCUGCUGGCGAACGCUACGUGA